UCCGCGGCCUCUGUGGCAGCGCUGGACACGUCGAGCCGGGCAGAAGUGGAGGGGGCUUGUGAGGAGUCGUGAGGGCUGACGGGUGAAGGUUCUGAGAAGGAAGCUUCGGUGGCGGGACUCGACCUGGGAAGAGACACUUUUGCUGCAUCCGAACUUUUCCUGGGAAAAUGAAUCAUUCCCACCAUAUGGGCCACAUGACCACCACAGCCUCACACUCCCAUGGCGGAGGAGACGGCAGCAUGAUGAUGAUGAUGCCUAUGACGUUCUACUUUGGCUUUAAGAAUGUGGAACUGUUGUUUUCUGGUUUGGUGAUCAAUACAGCUGGAGAAAUGGCUGGAGCUUUUGUGGCAGUGUUUCUACUAGCAAUGUUCUAUGAGGGACUCAAGAUAGCCCGAGAGAGCCUGCUACGGAAGUCACAAGUCAGCAUUCGCUACAAUUCCAUGCCUGUGCCAGGACCAAAUGGAACUAUCCUUAUGGAGACACAUAAAACUGUAGGGCAGCAGAUGCUAAGCUUUCCUCACCUCCUGCAAACAGUGCUGCAUAUCAUCCAGGUGGUCAUCAGCUACUUCCUCAUGCUCAUCUUCAUGACCUACAACGGGUACCUCUGUAUUGCCGUAGCAGCCGGGGCCGGGACAGGAUACUUCCUCUUCAGCUGGAAGAAAGCAGUGGUAGUGGACAUCACAGAGCAUUGUCAUUAACGUCAGACUCCAUGUGUGGCCUUAAUGAUUGCAGUGGGAAGCAGUUUGAGACUGGAAGACAUGAUUCCUGCUCCAAUCAUCUCUUCUUGCUCCUCUUUACACACACACACACACACUGCUCAACAGAGGUUUAGUUUACAGUCCCUGGGGUAAAGUGGUAAUCUCCUAAACUGUUUUUUUUUCCUACUAAGUUGAGAUUCCCAUUUUUCUUAAAGAGAAGCCACCCGAGAUGUCUUCUUCCUUGUCAUCCCAUUUAUAUGUUCUUGUCUAAUCUGGGUAGCUUUCUAUUCAAUGACUUGGUCAUCUGCUUCCUUGUUUUAUCUUCUUGGUUUCUUUUAGCAGACAGCAUAUGAAUUUGUUUUUUUGUUUUGUUUUGUUUUGUUUUUCCCUGAGUCAGUGAUGGAAAGGGUUUGACUUUGAGCAGGAUUAAUGGCAGCUGAGGGAAAUUCUUGUCCAACUACACCCGGAACUCAAACUUAACAUUAGAAAAUGAGUUCUAGUCUUUGGACUCAAUAAGUGGGAAAUACCCUGUGCCUUUCUCCAGGUGUGAUGUGUUGCACCAAAACCUUUGUAGUGUGCAGAGGGGUGGUUGAGGCUAAUUCCAGGGCUUGCAAAAUGUGUAUUCUUGAGUUGCUAACUCAUCAAUUUUAUGUUCCCACUUACCAUUUUGAUUAGGAUGAAUUUGCUAAUCCAAAAAAAAAAAAAAAAAGACAAUCAAUUUGAGAGAAUAGAAAUAGAUAUUUUAAAAUAAAACUGUAAAGCCAUUGGCAUUUUACUUUGACUUAGUACCUUGGUUUGUCUCAGCUGAAUGAAGCAAGAGUUUGAAAUUUUUCCCAUUACUGUUUUCAUGUGUCUGUCUCCAAACCAGUGAUUUUCAAACUUGAGCAUGCAUCAGAACUAGCAGCUGACACACUAAUCCCAGAGCCCCAAAACUGGCAUUUCUGGGUUCCUGAUUAUUGUUCCAAUGGAUGGUCAAGGGGGCCCACACUUUAAGAAUCUCUGCUUUAAAUUAAGGAAGCAUCACCUGGUAUUGGGCAUGGAAAUUUGAAUUGCCGAUGGGUAGGUUGUACAUCUGGGCAUAAUUCACGUCAUAAAUGCUGCUGGUCAAUACUUAAGCAUUCCAAAAACUUUUAUGCAGCUCCAUCUGUGUACACCUAUACCUGUACCUUUGCACAUUUGCAGGAAGGGCUGCAGCCAAAGUACUCUGAUCAGCAUGGCUGAAAUCACUACUUCUUAAAGAGCUGUGGUUUCUUGGAAGGAGUUUGAAGGUUGAGAGAAACCUUUGAUCUGCAGUGUAAGUCAGCCAGCCUGGGCCAGAAGAGCCAAAGCUCAGCUUUCUCUUUGGAGAAACUUAGGGUGCGGUCCACUGAUGGCCAGAUUUGUGUCAGUCCCCAGCAUCCACGCCCACGCCAAGCAGAUCCUCAUCCUCUGAAACACCAUCUUUGUCACUCUUGGGGGCGUAAUUAGAUCACAAGUGGCUAGAAAUCUCUUUUCUAAGUGAAGAAUCCCAUUGGAUGUUUAUUGUUAGUCUCUACUGCAGCCUUGUUUCAGUCCAAACUACCUCGGUACAGCGAAUCUUCCGUGCUGGUCUGCUCAACUCUGCCCUCCUCGGAGCCAGACACAGCCGUGCCUCGGGCAGAGCUGUCCUGUUGGCUUGUGUUCUGGUUUUGAAGUUUGUACUUUCUCUGUGGAUGCCAGUUAAAUAUUGGAGAGUGAGGAAUGUGUACUUCUAUGGCUUUGAACCAAGAGAGGGUGAUGAGCCUACUAGAUCGAGGUUAAAAUCCAAGAACCAACAUUUUAGAGCUUUGUGCUUUUCUCUCAUUUCAUCCGCUUGAAGCCCUGGUAACUUAGCAUGGGCAAAGUGAAUUCCGGGUACUGACAACAAGAGUCCAGCACUAAAGGUGCAAAUAGCCCAUGGCUGUCUUGGAAGCCAAGAAAUCAUAAAACCAUGAGAACCAAGUAAGAAUCAAGGUUUAGUAGUGACUGUGGUGCUCUCUAGACAUCUCAGCAUGAGCUGCUAUAAAAUACCUUCCCAGUACUGGGACCUUAUCAGUAAGGUAAGAAAAACCAUUAUACAUCUGAAACUAACAGAAAAAAACCUCUUCAGGAUAGAGAUAAUCUCCUGGAAAACCUGACUUUUAGAGAUUCAGGGUUGCCAAAGGAUGAAGCUGGUGAAGGAGAAAAAAGUUUAAAUUCUUUCCGUCUUUCCUGAGCUGUGGGAUUGUCAUAAUAUAAUGACCUUGUCUCGUUGACUUUCAUUUCUGAACUCCUGUUCAUUUGGAAUUUGAUGCCUGAUGUCUUUGUUCACUUUGGACCUAAACUUCUCUUUUCCUCCUUCCCUGUGCACAGCUGUUAGGAGACUGUACCCUCCCCUCUUUGGCCUCCUAUUCUGCUCUCCUUUUCCCUUCCUGACUGCCAGUCUUUUAUCCCCAUCGUCUAGUUUGUUCAAUCUCCCUAGCCCUCCUGAUGCAGUGGGCAUUGCCAUUUGUAGAUGUAAAUACCAGAAGUUGGUAUUUAGAAACCUGUUAGAGACCUUAAGCAUGCCUCAAGAAACAGCUGCCCACUGGGAUUUCUGUAAGUCUGGGGAAAGGUACCUCGUACCCUCCUCAGAGUUACAGACUUAGGUGCUGUCUCCAGUGUAUGAUGGAGGAACACUCAACACCCUCAUUGCCCACAAACGGGGAGCCCUCACUCUGUCCAUCAGGGGAUUAGGAAGUGUCCUCACUACUUCUGUAGUAGGGUUGUCCAGAAUUCCCUUUCAGGCUGUGGGUACUGGUCUUGGGUUCUAAUCACAGGAGAUUCCUUGCAAAGGAGCUGGAGGAAAGAGGGCAUGGGGUACAGUUUCAUGUCAUUUAAUUUUCAUCCUGCCCUCCUCAGCUGCUUCUUCAAAAGAUACAACUAAAGAUAUACAGUCUUUGUUUAAUAUAAUGCCUUAAUCACUGGGUCUACAAUUAAUGUUGACUGUUUUAGAUUGUAAGCUCCUGGAGAGCAGUAUGGCUGUAGUCAGAAUGUCUUAACAGUGUCACGUGCAAAAGAACAAAAUAAAUAUUUUGAUUUUGUGAUUGUA